CGCUCCGCCCCUCACCCAUAAUUGACAAGCCCGCCAAUGGCACGCAUGCGUAGCUCCUGCGGGCUUGCCUUUGUAUACCUGUGUAGCUUCUCACGUUUCUUGUAGUUGUGGUUAUUGUCCGCUGGGCCCUCAGCAACGGAGGCCAAGAGGCCAGGGGCCUUCUGAGCAAUCCGAACUCAGUCGUCAGUUUCCAGAGGGGACAUCAAUAGGAUCUCGUGUGGCAGUUAGGCUCAUUCCCUGUAUAGCAAGAGAAAGAUGAAGAAGAUAAGAACUGGACUUAGAGCUGGAGCAAGGACCAGAGUGACUCUGAUAUUUAGGUGGUCUGUGGUUCCUUGUAGUGAUGGAGAGUUGAGUGUGGUGAUUAUGCAUGGCUCUUCACAUCCCCGUUGUGUGUUAGGCUGCAAACUGAUGUGUGUUCAGGGGGAAAGAAUAUGAAGCAGAGAUGCAGGUCGGGGGAAGGGAUAUCUGCUUCCUCAGAUGACAUCCUGCAAGAGCUCAAAUUGAGGGGAACACAGACUGGCCCUGAACACAAAAGCAUCCAUACUCGAAUGAGGAAACAUCAUUAGCCAUGGGGAAGACCUAGCUGCAGAAGAGAUGACCUAACUGGAAUUCUGAUAUAGAUAGGGGAUACUUGUUGAAUCACAGAGCACAGCUAACUCAAGUCCAAAGUGAACAUUGCUGUCCUUGAGAGACAGAAGGUUGGGAUGUGGCAGAUCUGGCUGAAGGGCUCCAGGCCAGCCUAUCUUAGGUAGGCCAGGGACUUCUCCUCUUACCAGUGCCAUGUUAUACUCUGAACCUCACAUAGGAGGCUCUUCUUGACAGGGCUUACACUGCCAGCCUCUGCUUGUGUGUUGCCCCCUCCAGAGAGGUGUAGCCUGAUCUUAGGUCAGUCACUGUCACUGUCAUUGUCCGUUUGAAAGCUUCUUGUUUCCUUAUAUAGAAAGUGGGGGUGUUAUCACCCACCUCUCUGAUUGAAUAGAAGAUUGAACUGUUUUUAGGGACCUGGCUGGCCUGGAGCCCAAUACUUCACAUUUUCUGUCUGGGCCUGAACUCCAUGUUUUCAUUCAUUCAAGAAACUUUUCCUGGGGCUAUUGAGAUGGCAUCUAUGUAGUGCAUUUAGGUGCUUGCUGUCAAGCCUGAAGACUCGAGUUCAGUCUUGGGUAUCUAGGCAGUGGAGGGAGAUAAAUGACUCCUGCAAGUUAUUCUCUGACCUCCACGUGCACACAUAAAAUAAAUACAAUAAGUCUGUUUUUUCUUGAGAAUUCCCUGUGGGGUAUGGAGAACAGGUGCCAAGAGACCUGGUCCUUGCGGUCCUUCAUAGUUCCUGGCCCAGGCAGAGGAUACAGGGACUCUAGCCAGCCUGAGAUUACAGGGACCAGGGGAGGGGGUGGAGGAUAUUGCAGGCAGUGGUGGGCUGGACUGGGACUGCAGCAGGAGGUGGAGGGAGGCAGGGCUAUUUAAGCCCUGGCUGGCUGGCAACCCCAGUAGCCUGUCCUGUGAGCUGCCUCCAGCAUGGAUGACAUCUACAAAGCUGCGGUGAGAGAUAAGUCUUAAAAAGGUUGGGGUGGGUAGGACCAUUGGGGUUCACUCAGCUCAGAAUGGGGGACAGGGGUGUCCCAGGGAAGUGAUGGAAGAUUCAAAAGAGGCCCCAUACAUCUGUAGCUAAGCCCCUCAAAGGAAUGGUAGACUGACAUUUGGAGGGUGCAGAGAAGGUGGGAGUCCCGGGGUCUGGAGAGGUGCUGUCAGGGUGGCUAGAGGGUGUGAUCUCAGUUUUUAGCAUCCUGUCUCUUCCUCUGUUUCUAAAUGUCUAGUCUGUCACUGUCUUGGCUACACCUCUGUAUUUGUAUUUCUAUUCUUUUUGGUCUUUCUCAAGGUCUUUCCAUUCUCUGUUCCUUCCUCACCGUCUCUCCAAGUCCUUGUCUCUCUGUGUAUCUCCAGUCCUCCCUCCAUCCCCCAUUUCUACCUCUUACAAUCUGUUGCUUACAUGCUCAGAUCUGCCCUUCUCCUCUAGCCACUUAGCUGGCUGAAGAUGCUUUAGAAGGUGGAAGGUGACUGGGAGGAGGCGUGCAGAACUUGAAUUCUGGGAUGGGGAAGGUGCUUAGAAGGUCCAGGCCUGGGGGGAGGUAGGAGAGAGGGAACAGAAAACUGAAACCUAGUCCUUGUACAGUCUGGUAGACUCAGGGCUUAGGUGGACGCUGAGGGUGGUAAGAGUCAGGGCUAGAGAACAGGCACUCCGAGAUCUUGCAAUCUCCCGGGGACCCCAAGGGCCUUUUGAUGCGACCUCUACCUGCUCCAGAGACAAGAAAAUCCUAGCAAACAGCUGCUCCCUGGGAAUUUCCCCCACCCCCAGAAUAUGGCCCCUCUUGUGAGCAGGGAAGGGCUGCAGCUGGUUUCUAUGGUAUCCUUGCCUAUCUUGUAGGAGUCUGUGGAGCUGGAGUGUGUGUUGGGGGGGUAGCCCUCCACCCAGUGCCCAUACAAGGCCUGGCGGGGCUGGGGACUAAUUUUGGCUCCUGAGGCAGCACCAGUAGGCCAGGGGGGCAGAUAACACUGCCCCACCCCUUGCAUACCAAAGUCCCCAGAACAAUCACCAGGUUUAACUUUGUCCUCCUUUAAAAAUAGCUCAGCGGCCACCCUGGUCAGGUUACAGUGGGUGGCUUUGCUCACCCCCACAUUAGUUUUAUUGUCUCAACCUGAGGGACAGCUGUCUCUUAGGCCAGGCAGCUUGGGUUUCAUUAGGGUGACCUAAAAGGCAUGGAAUGGUCAUUGAGUAUUGUUACUCAGGACACCUUGCCUGUUACCUUGGCCCCUAGCCCAGCUUCUGGAAGAUCAGCAGGGUCACCUUAGGGCUUUGGAGGCAGGAAAGAAGGACUGAGGACUUCCUCUGUAACCUGGGAGUGUGUGCCUUCUCCCAUUGUUGGUCUUCCCACAAUGGGUCACUCUCUACAGCAGUCUCCACUAAGGCCUGAGUCUGGGCCCUGAGUUCCUUUUCCUCUCUAGGUAGAACAGUUGACAGAAGAGCAGAAGAAUGAGUUCAAGGCUGCCUUUGAUAUCUUUGUCCUGGGUGCGGAGGAUGGCUGCAUCAGCACCAAGGAGCUGGGCAAGGUGAUGAGGAUGCUGGGCCAGAACCCCACACCGGAGGAGCUGCAGGAAAUGAUUGAUGAAGUGGACGAAGAUGGCAGUGGCACAGUGGACUUUGAUGAGUUCCUUGUCAUGAUGGUUAGGUGUAUGAAGGAUGACAGCAAAGGGAAGUCUGAGGAGGAAUUGUCGGACCUCUUCCGAAUGUUUGACAAAAAUGCUGAUGGCUACAUUGACUUGGAUGAACUGAAGAUGAUGCUGCAGGCUACAGGCGAGACUAUUACAGAAGAUGACAUUGAAGAGCUCAUGAAGGACGGUGACAAAAACAAUGAUGGCCGAAUUGACUAUGAUGAGUUCCUGGAAUUCAUGAAGGGUGUGGAAUAGACACUGACUUUACAGAGAGUUGCCCACGCCUGCCCUCCCUCUCCAGACAGACCUGUGGUAUGGGUGCAACUAGGUUCUCUAGAUUCUGAACCUGGUUGUGUCCUUUAACCUUGUCCCCCCUAUUCCUCUCUCCCCAUUCCUGUUCUGGGGAGUGCAAAUAAAUCCUUACUCCCCAAA